UCUCGAGAUCUCAGCCUGCUGUCUGGCAUCGAACUUAUAUCAACUGCCUCGCCGUCGGUUUCCGAACCACAAGUUGCUUCAAAUUCGAGUCAGAUCCGUGGAGAUCGGCAAAACGCAAAACUAGUGCUGUAGGAUUCUGUAACCUGCGCAGCAACUUAAAGCCGAUAUCGUUCCCAAGGAACAUUGAAACCUCUAGCCGAUCCUCUGCUAACAAUAGUGAGCUUUUGAAUACUUUCCUCCGCAUACUGCGUAGACACAUAUCUUUGCGACAUCAUGGAUACAGCCAUCGAUCUUUCCGACGCCUCCAAGGCGUUGGACCUUGCCAACAUCCGCUUCCAGCUCAUCCGACUUGAAGAUACUAUCACUUUUCACCUGAUUGAACGGGUUCAAUUCCCCCUCAACAAGCCCGUCUAUACACCCGGCGGUGUAUCGAUCCCCGGCACUGAUGUCAGCCUCCUGGACUACCUGCUUCGCGAGCAGGAACGCAUCCAAUCGCGUGUCCGCCGCUACCAAUCGCCCGAUGAAUACCCUUUCUUCCCGGAUGCCCUAGAAGAACCUAUCCUGGCACCUCUCGAAUACCCCAAGAUCUUACAUGACAAUGACGUGAACGUCAACAACAUCAUCAAGCAGCGCUAUAUCGAGAACAUUCUUCCGGCUGUUUGCGCACAGUUCGGCCGUGAGGACCGUGGCGAGACUCAGGAGAACUACGGCUCCUCCGCUACUUGCGACGUCAGCUGCCUACAGGCUUUGUCGCGUCGCAUCCAUUUCGGCAAGUUUGUCGCCGAGUCCAAGUUCCAGAAAGAACCCGAGCGCUUCGUCAAGAUGAUCAAGGCGAACGACCGUGUGGGGAUUGAUGCUGCUAUCACAGAUGCGAAGGUCGAGCAGAAGGUUCUCGAGCGUCUGGCAUUGAAGGCAAAGACAUAUGGUACCGAUCCCGCUUUCUCUACAGAGAGCGGACCCAAGAUCAAUGUUGAGGCGGUAGUCGCAAUGUAUAAAGAAUAUGUCAUCCCCCUCACCAAGGUCGUCGAGGUUGAUUACUUGAUGCAGCGCUUGAAGGGCACACAAUGGGAGUGAAAAGGAACGAGUGAGAUUUCGUUCCAUAUCUGUGAUUAGAUUUUCCUAGACCCUAUGAUACCAUGAAAAAAGUUGCCAGG